AUGGGCGAGCUGCCGACCGGGUGUCGGAAAAGGAGGCGGAAGCGGGGAGGAGCCGCCGCCAGAGCCAGACUGCAUCCGCCGCGGCGUCUCCAUGGCACAACCCUGGCCUCCGACUUCAACGACUUCAUAAGGCGGCGUUUCUGGGCGCAGCCGUGUCGCUCCUGGUUUCCAUCGUGUGGGAAGAACGGAGUAACGAGUCUCACGCAGAAAAAGGUCUUGAGAGCACCUUGUGGCAUACCCAGUGUAACUGUGACGAAGCCAACCAUGAAGGACCGCUCUUCAACUCCCCCCUUACAUGUUCACGUGGAUGAGAACACCCCUGUCCACGUCCACAUAAAAAAACUCCCGAAACCGUCAGCGACCAGCAGCCAGAAAUCUCACAAGCGAGGAAUGAAAGGGGACACUGUGAAUGUGCAGCGGAGUGUCCGGGUGAAAACCAAGGUACCUUGGAUGCCCCCUGGAAAAUCAUCUGCCCGGCCUGUGGGAUGCAAGUGGGAGAAUCCACCUCAUUGCCUGGAGAUCACGCCACCAUCUUCAGAAAAGCUGGUCUCAGUGAUGCGGUUAAGUGACCUCUCUACAGAAGAUGAUGACUCAGGUCACUGUAAAAUGAACCGUUAUGAUAAGAAGAUUGAUAGUCUAAUGAAUGCGGUUGGUUGUCUGAAGUCUGAGGUCAAGAUGCAAAAGGGUGAGCGCCAGAUGGCCAAAAGGUUCCUGGAGGAACGGAAGGAAGAGCUGGAGGAGGUGGCCCACGAACUGGCCGAGACUGAGCAUGAGAACACGGUGCUGAGGCACAACAUCGAGCGCAUGAAGGAGGAGAAGGACUUCACCACACUUCAGAAGAAACACCUACAACAGGAGAAAGAGUGCCUCAUGUCCAAGCUGGUGGAGGCGGAAAUGGAUGGGGCUGCGGCUGCCAAGCAGGUCAUGGCCUUGAAGGAUACCAUCGGGAAGCUGAAAACGGAGAAACAAAUGACCUGCACGGACAUCAACACCCUGACAAGGCAGAAGGAACUUCUCCUGCAGAAGCUGAGCACAUUUGAGGAGACCAACCGCACCCUCCGAGACCUCCUGAGGGAACAGCACUGCAAAGAGGAUUCUGAAAGACUAAUGGAGCAACAAGGAGCACUGCUGAAACGGCUGGCGGAGGCCGACUCAGAGAAAGCGCGCCUGCUGUUACUGCUGCAAGACAAGGACAAAGAGGUGGAAGAGCUCCUUCAGGAAAUACAAUGUGAGAAGGCUCAAGCAAAGACAGCCUCUGAGCUUUCUAAAUCCAUGGAGUCCAUGCGUGGGCAUUUGCAGGCACAGCUUCGGUCCAAAGAGGCUGAGAACAGUCGCCUGUGCAUGCAGAUCAAGAAUUUGGAGCGCAGCGGGAAUCAGCACAAGGCAGAAGUGGAGGCCAUCAUGGAGCAGCUGAAGGAGUUGAAGCAGAAGGGAGACCGAGACAAAGAGAGCUUGAAGAAGGCCAUCCGAGCCCAGAAGGAGCGAGCCGAGAAGAGCGAGGAGUACGCUGAGCAGCUGCAUGUGCAACUCGCCGACAAGGAUCUUUAUGUCGCUGAAGCUUUAUCCACUCUGGAGUCCUGGAGGAGCCGCUACAACCAAGUUGUAAAAGACAAGGGAGACCUCGAGCUGGAAAUUAUUGUCCUGAAUGACCGGGUAACAGAUCUCGUAAACCAACAACAAACCUUGGAGGAGAAGAUGCGGGAAGACCGGGAUAGCCUGGUGGAGAAACUACACCGUCAGACUGCUGAGUAUUCCGCAUUCAAGCUGGAGAAUGAGAGGCUGAAGGCCAGCUUUGCUCCAAUGGAGGACAAACUCAACCAGGCACACCUUGAGGUCCAGCAGCUGAAGGCCUCAGUGAAGAACUAUGAGGGGAUGAUUGACAAUUAUAAGAGUCAGGUGAUGAAGACCAGAUUGGAGGCUGAUGAAGUAGCUGCCCAGCUAGAACGCUGUGACAAAGAGAACAAGAUCCUUAAAGAUGAGAUGAACAAAGAGAUUGAGGCGGCACGAAGGCAGUUCCAGUCUCAGCUGGCUGACCUGCAGCAGCUCCCUGACAUCCUGAAGAUCACGGAGGCAAAGCUGGCAGAGUGCCAAGACCAACUGCAGGGCUAUGAGCGGAAGAACAUCGACCUCACAGCCAUCAUAUCAGACCUGCGCAGCCGGAUCGAACACCAGGGGGACAAGCUGGAGAUGGCGAGAGAGAAACAUCAGGCUUCCCAGAAGGAAAAUAAACAGCUGAGUCUGAAGGUGGAUGAACUGGAGAGGUUAGAGGCACUUGGUCCCAUCUCUGUCCUCUUCCUAGGACCUGAGACUUUCAGCCACUUAGCUAUUUUUUGCUUAGUGUGCGGAAGUGUUGAGGGACUCGAGGCCCUGGAAGGUACUAGGCAGACCUCAGAGGAAAAGCUGCUUCCAUUUCAGUGGAAACUGGAGGCGACCAGUGCCCAGAAUAUCGAGUUCCUACAGGUGAUUGCCAAGAGGGAGGAGGCAAUCCACCAGUCCCAGCUGCGGCUGGAGGAGAAAACACGGGAAUGCGGGACCCUGGCAAGGCAGUUGGAGAGCACCAUUGAAGAUGCGAGGAGGCAGGUGGAACAAACCAAGGAGCACGCGCUCUCCAAGGAGCGAGCAGCCCAGAACAAAAUCCUGGAACUUGAGACCCAGCUGAGCAGAACCAAAACUGAACUGAGCCAGCUGCGGCGGAGCCGUGACGAUGCAGACCGCCGCUACCAGAGCCGGCUGCAAGACCUGAAAGAUCGCCUGGAGCAGUCCGAGAGCACCAACCGCAGCAUGCAGAACUACGUCCAGUUCCUCAAAUCAUCAUAUGCCAAUGUGUUUGGGGAUGGUCCCUAUACCACCUUCCUGACCAGCUCUCCCAUCCGCUCCCGAUCUCCUCCUGCCUGAGGCCACCUAUCAGGGCCUGGAGCCCUGAUGGAAGCUGUAGGAACUCCAGAGUUGCCAAGCCAUAGCUGGGAAGCCUGGUGGUUUUCCUCUCCCAGUGAUAAAAUGGGUUCAGGGUCUUGUCCUUAGCUACUAGCUCUAGAAAAGUCCUGAAAGCAGCAGGUGAAGCAGGAAGCACUUGGUUUUCUCCUCCCUCAUAUAGUCACCUGUUGAAAGUUUUAAAAUUUCCUCGACAGGCCUUAAAUUUACUACAACAUUAGGAUACCACAUUUUAACUUACCAUGACUUUGCUCCUUCCUUUCCCGAGAAAAUAUUUCCACUGGACUUUUUCCACCAGUCCUCUUAUAGCUCUCAUUGUUUUAGGAAUCUCUCUCUCAGGUUUUUUCUGACCUAAACCAGCAGGAGGUCGUCCUGGGCUGUAAGCACCAUCACUUGCUUUUUUUUUUUUUUUUUUUUUUUUUUUUCCUGAUUUCACGAGUGUGGUGUUUUCCCAAGGCUCCAUUCCCAAGCUCGGUGCAAACCUCUCACUCCCAAGUUUCUUUGAGGCUACUUGCCCCCAAGCACUUCACAAUAGACCCUCGAGGGCUUGCGUCCAUUUGGCCUUUUACAAGUGUAAUGCCAAUUUCGUUGAUUUUUGUUUCUUUUUGCCUGGUUUGUAUCUCCGGAAUGCAUUUAUUCUUGAAAUAUUUGUGCGAUUUUACAAAAA